AUGGACACUCCAUUCAACAUUAGUCAACUGGGAGAAGAAAUUCUCAAAUUACAAAAGCAAAUCUUGGAUACAAAUGAUAAAUUUACCGUUGGAAUAUCGGGUUCCAUGGUUAUCGAUCAGUUGUCGCAAAUACUACUUGAACCAUCUAUAUGUAAGCAGAUCCAAUGGAGCCAAUGGGAAAUUUUUAUUGUGCAGGAAAAAUUGGUUCCCUUCCAUGAUCCCAGAAGUCAAUACGGAAUGUUUAAAGGUUUGAUUUUGGAUCCCUUAGUUCAUGAGGGAAAUCAUUUAAAUUUGGGACCCACAGUCUUUGCCUUCAAUGAAUCAUUGAUUGGAAGAGAUGAGGGGAAGAUUAUUAAUGAGUUGAACAGUCUUCUGCCCGAACAUUUGAAUUUAUUGAUAAUGGACAUGGAUGAUGAGAGAGAUUCGAAAUUACAGGAAUAUGAUAAUCAUGAGCUAGAAACAAAAUUGCUAUUGUUGAAACAGGGAGGUACACAUGAGAUGUUGGCUGGUGGAUUAUUGGUUAAGAAUGCAGAGAACGUCUUCACUGUAGAAAUGCGUACAGAUGGAACUAAUAUUCAAGGCAUGGGCGGGAAAAAUAAAUGGGCGUAUAGACAGUUCACGGAUAAAAAUAGUCAUUUCAUAGGUGUAAGUGGGUGA